UUUCAGGUAGCUAUGGACAGUGAAGAAGAAAGAAACCGACCCGGAAACUCACAUGCCGGGCUAUCUAACUUGCAAAUGCGUGCUCUCAAUGAUUCUAUGUCUAACUUGUUGAAUACAGGUUUGGAGGCGAUCCAUCAGAGGCUUGAUGAACUUCAGGGCCGUCCAACUCAGUCACGUACCAGAACCAGACGUGACCACCCAAGGAGGAACAGCUGGUCCGAUCUAGAAAUCCGAGAAGAGUCUUAUGAUGAUGAUCGAUCCAUCAACCGUCCAAGGAGAGUUCCUAGGCAUCAAAACCGAGGUGAUGUCAAUCCUUUUGGUAGAAAUGAAAGAACCAAUGAUGGCUUGGGUGGUUUGAAAUUGAAAAUUCCAAGUUUUGAUGGCAAAAAUGAUCCGGAUGCUUUUCUUGAAUGGGAAAGAAAAAUUGAACUUGUGUUUGAUUGUCAAAAUUGUUCUGAUAUUAAAAAGGUUAGACUUGCUGCUGCUGAGUUUACUGGCUAUGCUAUUAACUGGUAUGAUCGAGUUGUGACUAGCAGGAGGAGAGCAGGUGAGGCGCCAGUCGAUACAUGGGAUGAGCUUUCCAUGCUGAUGCGGAGACGUUUUGUUCCCGACCAUUACCACCGGGAUCUACACCAUAAACUCAGGCGUUUGCUUCAAGGUUCUAAGACAGUUGAGGACUAUCACCAGGAGAUGGAGACCUUGAUGAUCAAAGCGGAUGUAGAAGAACCCUUAGACGCCACCAUGGCCAGAUUUCUUACCGGGCUCAACCGGGACAUACAAGACCGCAUGGAGCUGGAAGACUAUAACAGCAUGGAGCAGAUGCUACACAAGGCUGUGCUGAUCGAGCAACAAGUCAAGAGAAAGGGUCUCACUAAACCAACCUUUGCUUCUAAACCGACCUUUGCUUCCAAGCCAAACUAUCAAGACAAGGGUAAGUCUUCUUCCACAACAAAUACAGCUUUUAAGACUAAUGUCCCUGCUCGUGAUGAUAGAGAAAAGAAAGAAGAGGCUACCAAACGAACUAAAGACAUCCAAUGCUUUAGGUGUCGUGGCCUUGGCCACUAUGCCAAUCGAUGUCCGAACCAAAAGGUGAUGGUGCUUUUGGAGAAUGGAGAAGUCGAAUCUGAAGAAGACAAGGAGGAUCUCGGAGCAGUGUAUGAUGAUGAUGAUGAUAAAGAAGCACUUGACUUCCCGGUUCAUGGUCCCCUUCUUGUUACUAGGAGGGUCUUGGACGACACCACUGAUCCCAUCUUCGAUGAGGAGGUCGAUGGAGUGAUCGAUGAGUUUUGCUCGACCUUUGUGAAGAUUUCUGAUCCGAUUUAUGAUGAAGAUGUCCUUGAUGAGCCGAGCCAUGGUUCACUACUGGUUACUAGGCGUGCCUUGAGUGUCCAACCAAAAUCCAAUGACAAAGAACAAAGGGAGAAUCUCUUUCACUCUAGAUGUCUCAUUUCUGAUAAAGUUUGUUCUUUAAUCAUUGAUGGAGGUAGUUGCACUAAUGUGGCUAGUGACACCCUUGUAAAGAAACUUGGGCUUGUUACUCGACCUCUUUCUCGUCCUUUCAGGUUGGAGUGGCUCAAUGAGGCCGGAGAACAGUAUGUGAAGGAGCAAGUCACAGUUCCACUCUCCAUUGGCCGAUAUGAGGAUGAGGUUGUGUGCAAUGUGCUUCCCAUGGAUGCUUGCCAUGUUCUUUUGGGCCGGCCUUGGCAAUUUGACAAGAAGGCAGUGCAUGAUGGUUUCACCAACCGGCAUUCAUUUGAUCAUCAGGGAAAGAAGAUCACCUUGGUGCCUUUGUCGCCUUCGGAAGUUCAUCAAGACCAGGUCCAACUUAAGAAGAAUCGAGACCAAGACUCUAAAGCUGAUAAACCUGAGACCAGUACCAGAAACUCCAACUUCUUUGUCAAGGAAAGUCAGGUAAGGAAGUCUCUUUGCUCUCAAAAGCCAUUUAUCUUACUGAUUUAUAAAGAGUCUCUCUUGGCCUCAUCGUCUUCUGAUCUUGCACCGGAGAUUCCGAGUGAGUUUUUAGGUAUCUUGCAGGAUUAUUCUGAUGUGUUUCCAGAAGAAAAUCCCAAAGGAUUGCCACCGGUAAGAGGCAUUGAACAUCAGAUUGAUCUCGUCCCGGGCGCCUCUCUACCGAACCGACCAGCGUACCGCACCAAUCCGGUCGAGACCAAGGAGUUGGAGAAACAGAUCAAUGACUUGCUUGAAAAGGGAUACAUCAGAGAGAGUCUCAGUCCCUGUGCCGUGCCUGUUCUACUUGUACCAAAGAAGGAUGGUUCCUGGAGGAUGUGUGUGGACUGCCGGGCCAUAAACAACAUCACGGUAAAGUAUCGACAUCCUAUCCCUCGUCUUGAUGAUAUGCUUGAUGAACUCCAUGGUUCUAAGUACUUUUCUAAGAUAGAUUUGAGAAGUGGCUAUCAUCAGAUUAGGAUGAAAGAAGGUGAUGAAUGGAAAACGGCCUUUAAAACAAAACUAGGUUUGUAUGAGUGGCUUGUCAUGCCCUUUGGUCUCACGAAUGCACCUAGUACUUUCAUGCGCCUAAUGAAUCAUGUCUUGAGGUCUUUUAUUGGUCAUUUUGUUGUGGUUUACUUUGAUGACAUUCUUAUUUACAGCAAAAGCCUUGAAGAGCACAAACAGCACUUGAAAUCUGUUCUUGAAGUCCUUAGAAAGGAACGUUUGUUUGCUAACCUUGGAAAGUGUUCUUUUGGCACAGAUCAUGUGGUCUUUCUAGGUUUUGUUGUAGGUGCAGAUGGCUUGAGAGUGGACGAGCAGAAGGUCCAAGCAAUCCGGGACUGGCCGAUUCCGACCUCCAUUGGUGAAGUAAGAAGCUUCCAUGGCCUUGCCGGCUUCUAUAGGCGAUUUGUUCAAAACUUCAGUACCUUGGCCGCUCCUCUUACUGAAGUAAUCAAGAAGAACGUGGGGUUCAAAUGGGGACCAGCUCAGGAAGAAGCAUUCGAAAUUCUUAAAGGGAAGUUGACUCAUGCCCCUUUACUUGUACUUCCAGAUUUUUCUAAAGCUUUUGAAAUCGAAUGUGAUGCUUCUGGUGUUGGUAUUGGUGCUGUGUUGAUGCAGGAAGGAAAACCAGUGGCUUAUUUCAGUGAGAAGCUGGGAGGAGCCAUGCUCAACUACCCCACAUACGACCAAGAACUCUAUGCCUUGGUGAGGGCCCUUCAAACGUGGCAGCACUAUCUUUGUCCUAAGGAGUUCAUUAUCCACACUGAUCAUCAGUCUCUAAGACACCUUAAGGGUCAGCAAAAGCUCAACAAGAGGCAUGCUCGUUGGAUGGAGUUCAUUGAGACAUUCCCAUAUGUGAUCAAGUACAAACAAGGUAAGGAGAAUGUUGUGGCCGAUGCAUUGUCUCGAAGGUAUACUCUUCUCUCAGCUCUUGAAACUAAACUGCUUGGUUUUGAAUUUAUCAAGGAUCUUUAUGCCUCUGAUCAGGACUUUAAAGAGAUUUUUCGAAAAUGCCCAAAGGUUGCUUAUGGCAAAUACUUUCAAAAUUCUGGUUUCUUAUUCUUUGAUAACCGUUUGUGUGUGCCCCAAUGUUCUUUGAGGGAGUUGUUUCUCAGGGAAGCUCAUGGAGGUGGGCUUAUGGGACAUUUUGGUGUCAAAAAGACUUACAAGGCGGUUCAUGAUCACUUCUAUUGGCCGAGCUUAAUGAAAGAUGUGGAACGGAUAUGUAGCCGUUGUGUGGUGUGCAAGAAGUCUAAAUCCAAGUCUUCAAACCACGGUUUGUAUUCUGCACUUCCUAUUCCUUCUCAUCCUUGGGUAGACAUUUCUAUGGAUUUCGUGUUAGGAUUGCCAAGGUCUAAGUCUGGACGAGAUUCAAUCUUUGUUGUUGUUGACAGAUUUUCGAAAAUGGCUCAUUUCAUUCCUUGUCAUAAAACUGAUGAUGCCACACAAGUAGCUGAUUUGUUCUUUAGAGAGAUUGUUAGGUUGCAUGGAAUGCCUAAGACCAUUGUAUCUGAUCGUGAUGCUAAGUUCCUUAGUUACUUUUGGAAAACCUUAUGGUCUAAACUAGGAACAAGAUUGAUGUUUUCUACAACUUGUCAUCCGCAAACUGAUGGUCAAACUGAAGUUGUUAAUCGAACCUUGUCUGCUCUGCUUAGGUCUUUGGUUAAGAAGAAUCUUAGGCUUUGGGAAGAAUGUUUACCACAUGUUGAGUUUGCUUACAAUCAUGCAAUGCAUUCUGCUACGAAGUUUUCUCCUUUUGAAGUUGUUUAUGGGUUUAAUCCUUUGUGUCCACUUGAUCUUUUACCUUUGCCUUUGAGUGAAAGAGUUAGUACAGAUGGCAAGAGGAAGGCGGACACUAUCAAAAAGCUACAUGAACAGGUUCGUGCAAACAUUGAAGCCAAGACCGAGAUCUAUAAAAGAUAUGCCAAUCAGAAAAGAAAGGAAGUUAUUUUCAAAGAAGGCGAUCUUGUUUGGGUUUACUUGAGGAAGGAGCGAUUUCCAGAAGAAAGAAAGUCUAAACUUAUGCCUCGGGUCGAUGGUCCAUUCCAGAUCCUCAAAAGAAUCAAUGACAAUGCUUAUCAGCUUGAUCUUCAAGGUAAGUAUGACAUUUCUUCGAGCUUUAAUUCCGAGGAUCAGUCCAUGGAAUCAGAUCAGAACGAGGAUCAGAACGUCCGGAACAACGCAACUGAGGUUCAGUCCAUCGAUCGGGCCGAACAUACCGCUCGGGCCGUGUAUCGUCUUGACCCGCACUCGUCCGGUUUGGAGCUUCAGCAUAACCCACGACCAGAUGGCCAAAUCAACCGUACUGAAGUUCGCCUCUCCCGUCCUGUUCGACAUGCUAAGUCCUUUGGUCAAGCCAGAAGUGAAGUUGUUCGAGUGGAAUCCAAAUCCGACCAUGGUCUCUCGCUCUUAAGCCGUCUUGGCCGAACCGGCGAUCGUUCUGAUGAACUGAUCCGACACUUCGAUCAGUUCAUGAACUUUGAUCAGCCAAAUCUCUCUAAGGCAAGACUCUUGAGGCUGUCCGAAGACUUAGCCAUCUUUUGGCCCGGAACAGUUCAUGAAAGUCAUCCGUCCGUACAUGAAGAACGAACCGGCCGUGUACUUCUUCUCACCGCGGGACGUGCUAUCAGUUACAUCGAAUCUGGACAAGAGUAG